AUGUCCAACAACGCAUCCACUUCUCAGCAGACAUCAUCCCGCAAACGAGGACCCCCAGCGCCUCUCCAGCUCGCCUCGCAGCCUUUCCCAUCUUCUUCCAUUGUCGUUGCAGUUGCAGACGCAGACGAUGCCGCUCAAGCUAACGCCAGGCCAGUGCCACAGCCCGAGGGUGCGACUUCCAUCAUGUCCAAGCCUGCUGGCCACGAGCGAAAACCCUCGGGCAAUCGUAAUGUCAAGCGUCUCUCGCUCAGCAUCUCAAAUGCACCAACCCAGAGCCCUGCUCCGCUAGCAGCCACCCUCUCGCAGCCGGCCGAUCCCAAAGCCUCUGCUCCACCGCAGCACAGGAGGGCCUCGGUGGCUUCCUUGCCCGGCGCUAGCGUCUCCAGUAUCCUCCGUAGAAACGACGAGGGAGAUGCUGCAACGUCCGCGUAUCAAGAUGGUCCUAUUGAGAUUAUGCCUGGAAUCUGGCUGGGCUCAGAGGACAACGCUCGCGACUGGCCAGAACUCAUCAAGCGUGGUAUCCGCUCAAUUCUCAACGUCGCAAAAGAAGUCGUCAUUUCAUUCGACUCAUCGCACCCUGCCCCUCCCGCUCGUCGCAAUACGGCAUCCGCCAUCACCCUCCACGAAUCAUCACGACACGCGCAAACGUACCAACCCGCUCAUUUGCCUUCUGGCAGACCUCCGAUGCAUUAUCUCAAGCUGCCCUGGUCGCAUGGCCAGGCCGACCUUGUGCGCACCGGAUUCGCAGAGGGCUUUGCCUUUGUCGACGCCGCCCUGGCUCGACGUGAAGGCGUAUUGAUUCACUGUCAAUGUGGUGUAUCGAGAUCGGCUACCAUGACAAUUGCCUAUGUGAUGCGCGCCGCCUCUCAAGGCGGUCCAUCUGUUCCGCCAGAGGUUUUGGCUCUCAACGGCAAAGGAAUGCAGGCUGCAUAUGACUACGUCCAGCAAAGGAGCAACACGAUCGGGCCGAAUAUGUCCUUGAUCUAUCAAUUACUCGACUACGAACGCGCACUCAAGGGUGGUGAUUCUCCGACACCGUCGUCCAAGGGCGCCUCCGAGGAUGAGGAGUGGGAACGCCGUCGCCUAGCAAUGGACUCGCCUGAACCAGAAAGCCAGGAAAUUUUACGAGAGGCAAAAGAGCUGGAUCGUGAGAUGGAGGAACGAAGGGCACGAAAACUCUCCUUGGCAUCAUCUCACUCGAAUUCGACUAAUGCAACCGGCUUCACCGGCGCUGUUGGUAACGGUGCGCCAUGGCGGACUCGCUAUGGCUCAGGCGUGUACAAUCGGAGUCGUGCGACUUCAAUGGGCAGCAGCGUGACCUCUCGGAGCUCGGUUAGCAUAGUCUCCGAGGACAUUCUCGAGGAAGAAGAAGAAUUCGAACAUCGAGAUCCGGAAAAGGUGACGACCCCCGAUACAGACGCUACCGAUGAGGACACGCAUUGCUUUGGCCUCACGGACGAACAACGGUUUGGCACGCGGGAUCGUCAGCAAAAGUCGAAUUUGCCGCCUCCAUCAGCACCAGCGACAAAGACCUCGUUUGGAACUCCUACAUGUCCACCUUCUGCUUCUGCCUAUCGGCAGACGUUCAUGGUCACUCGGCAACCACCCUCCUCUUCCCGUCCUCGCAGCGGCAUUCAGAAUGACAUUCUGCCCACCAUUCCAUCACCCGUUGAAGAGCGUCCUAAGGAGACGGCUACCAAGAAGGAGAAGCGCCGACCUCCCCCGCUGAGCGUAUCCACGGUUGUACCGUUCCCUUUGGUGCAGGUCGUCGCAGACGAUGAGUCUCGCUCGCAAGAGACGGCCAAAGUUUCAUCGAGCGCACCUACUCAAUCUGCGGUUACUCCUUCCGCUUCGCGUACCCGACGUCUCUCCCAGAGGAUAUCGUCCAUGGUCCCAUUCCCUGUCAAGACGGCGCUAGCCGCCUUUUCUUCAGGGAAGACACCUACGGUAGGCGUAACACCAACCCCAUCAGCCUCUCAGACUCUCUUCGUCUUCCCCCCUUCGCCACGUACUCGAGGAGUCAGCACUCCUUCGACUGUAACCAUUACUUCGACACCACUGUUGACUCCGAGCUUCGGUCUCGGAAUUCAGACGCCACGAGCUGGUCUGUUCAGGAAGCGGACAGACAGUCGUAAGAGUUGGAUUGGGCUCUCUGCCGUCACGCCAACGACAGCAACGGCGCGCGUUGACGCACGAGGCUUGUUUGGUGACCAAUAA